GGAUGGUCAUGCGUUCUUCCAGCGCUGUCGAGUGGGCGUUCAUCGCAACAACAGCCUCUCAAUCCCAUCCUGCACCGCGAGCACCGCGCCGACUCCGAGCGAGUCCGCUGUCUGUCUGCUGCCAGGGGCGGACAUGUUGGGGCGGCCUGCUGGAGGACAGUACCGCUCGUACUUCUGAUUUUACCGGAGAAAGUGACAACAAAACAGAGACGGGACAACAUGGAUGCUGUCAACGCUUUUAAUCAUGAGUUGUUCUCCUUGAUGGACACCAAGCCUCCCAUCUCGAGGGCCAAGAUGAUCUCCAUCACCAAAUCUGCCAUAAAAGCCAUUAAAUUAUACAAGCAUGUUGUCCAAAUCGUAGAAAAGUUCAUAAAGAAGUGCAAACCCGAGUACAAAGUUCCAGGACUCUAUGUGGUAGAUUCCAUUGUGAGACAGUCACGGCAUCAGUUUGGAGCUGAUAAAGAUGUGUUUGGACCUAGGUUCACAAAAAACAUCACAGGGACAUUUGAGAAUCUAUGCUUGUGUCCCACAGAAGAUAGGAGUAAGAUAGUGAGAGUGCUGAACCUGUGGCAGAAGAAUGGAGUGUUUAAGAUUGAGGUAAUCCAGCCUCUAUUAGACAUGGCUGCUGGAUCUAGCAGCUCAACAGGCUUGGACAACAGCCCUGAGGGCGCAUCUCCACAGUCUCCUGUGAGGGAACAGGAGGCUCAUCCUGUGGUGACGGCAAACUCAAUUGCAGCAGCUGUGCCUCAGCUUCAGAACUCCGAUGCCUUUGUGGCUGUUGCUCAGCUAUUUCAGUCUUCUCAAGGACAGCAGCUUCAGCAGAUGCUUCAGAACUUUCAGCCGCCAGGGAAACCUCAGUCUCCAGCUGUGGACAAUAACAGGAGUCACCACCACCAACAGGCCCAAACUAUGACUGCCACCUCUACCAUCACACAUCAGCAUAUCCAUCACGCACCACAGCCUGUGGAAAAGAAAGCCACCUUUGACAAGUGUGGACUAGUAGGAGCUGUACCGUUAAGUCGACUAGACCCGCACAUCCCUAAUGAAAGCUGCAGGGUGAUUGGGAAAUGCUUGCAGGGAAGGAACCACAUGUUGCUGAAGGAGACACUUCUGGACCGCUUUGAUUAUGACGAUGAGCCAGAAGCAGGUGAGGAAGCCAAAAAGGGUGAAACGCCAUCUGUCCAACCUACUAUGGGAUUUCCUGAGCAGACCGUCCCAGGAUUUCCACCAGCCGAUCAGAUGCAGCACUUUCAACAGCAUAUGAUGGCCGUGACACAGCAGCAACAGGUUGUUCUACCAUCAAAUGGACAGGUCCAAAGCUUUGGUCUUAUGACCUCUCAGCCCUAUCCAGACAUGAUGCCUCAGAUGGGGCAGUCACACACAGCUUUCCCCUCUCAGAAUGACACCUUCAGUCAGCACAUGGCUGGACAUCAGCAUCCGGAAAUGAUGAAUUCAGAUGCAUCCGCCAGGCCUUACCAAGAUGACAAGAGGUCACGGUCACGUUCAGGGUCGAGAUCUCCUAAAAGAAGGUCUCGGUCUAAUUCCCGUACCAGACGAAUGCGGCAUCGGCGAUCGCGCUCUCGCUCUCGAGAACGACGGCAUCAGUCACCUCGCUCUCGCUCACAGGAAAGAAGAGACAGAGAAAAGGAACGAGAACGAAGACAGAAAGGCCUUCCUCCUAUAAAGAAUAACACUCUCAGUGUGUGCAGUACUACGCUAUGGGUGGGCCAGCUGGAUAAAAGGACACAGCAGCAGGAUGUGGCCUGUUUACUAGAGGAGUUUGGGCAGAUAGAUUCAAUUAAUAUGAUUCCUCCUCGUGGUUGUGCCUACAUUGUCAUGAUUCAUCGUCAGGAUGCCUAUCGAGCUCUGCAGAAACUAAGCAGAGGUCCAUACAAAGUCAACCAGAAAGCCGUUAAGAUUGCCUGGGCUCUGAAUAAGGGCAUUAAGGCUGAGUUCAAGCAGUGUUGGGAUGUGGAGUUGGGUGUAACCUACAUACCAUGGUCCAAAGUAAAGAUGGAGGACCUGGAUGUGUUUAGAGAAGGAGGGAUGCUGGACCCUGAUACUCUUGCACCAGAAUGGAGAAGCUCUCAAAUUGAGCUAGAGAAUGCUGAAGAGUCUCAGAACGGCAGGCCUGUGUGUGGAGGAGUGGAGGAGAGCACGGCUGUAGUACCUAUGCAGGUUCCUCCUGUCCAGCCAAAAGGAGCAGUCGGUGUCCCACCUCCAGGAUUCCCAGCACCCAUGAACAUCCCACCCCCCUCAUUCCCACCCGGAGUUCCCCCACCACCGGGUCCUUUUAUACGUCCAGGCUUUAACCCAAUGCAGAUGCCACCAGGAUUUCUUCCCCCGGGUGCCAUGCCUCCUCUGGGCGCCACUGGGCCUCCUCCACCUACUGCAGGGAUUGGCAUGCCUCCAGUUGGCAGCUCAGUUGAAGACCUGUCAAAAGACCCAGCAGGUAUGGGCCCAAGAAUCAACAGUGAUGGCAUAGAGGGGUUCAACUCAGGAAACCAGGUGCCUCCUGGAGGUCCAGCAGGGAUGGGCAUGCAGUCUCCACCAGGUCUUCUAGGUUCAAGGCCGGGUAUGAUGCCUCUCCAGCGGCCUCCAGGGAUGCCGCUUCCACACAUGCAGCGCUUCCCCAUUCCACCUCCUCGGCCUGGCAUGCCACCCAUCCCUCCACAGAUGAUGCCACCAAGGGGUCCACCUCAGAUGAUGCACCGGGAGCCACCACCAGGGGGCUUCACCAUGCCACCCCCUCCUCAUGGCAUCAGGGGCCCCUUCCCCCCUCUUGGUCCUCCCUUUAUGAGGCCAAGCGGACCCAGACCAGAUGGGCCAAAUGAUCACGAGGCAAGGCCAUUCAGAGGCGAGCGCCCCGGUUUGGGAAGGGGCAGAGAUCGAGAACAGGACUGGUACGGAGGGCGACGGCCCUUUGGUGAGGGGCAUGGUGAUGAGAGGCCGGAUGGUCGUGAGCGAUUUGGAGGCUGGCACGAGGAGCCGGAAAAACAAGGCGGGUGGGACAGAGAGAGAGAACGCAGGGACUGGAGGAGAAGUCCUAAUGGAGAGAGGGAUCGAAAUAGAGAUAGAGAUCGAGGACGGGAUGGUGAAGAACGGACGAAGCGCUCUGCAGGUAGCAGAGAGAGGAGCACACGCUGGGACCGAGAUGAUAGACUCGAUCGACUGGGUCUCACCAGUGAGGAACCCAAUGAGAGACUUGCAGCAAAUACCAACGAGCCCAGUGCAAAUGCUACUAAAGAACUUCCUGAAGCUAAGCCAGAUGUUCCAGCACCUUCCACCACAGCCACAGCAGACUCAAAAGCCUCAGAACAUAUUACAGAGAACAAAUCUGCUGAACAAACACAUACGGAAGACUCAUAAAGGCCUCUUUGUAUGUCAAGACCAUAUGAGCUUCUUACAUGUCAGUGCUAAUCUUGGAUACUGCUGGCUAGAAAGCAAAGUCCAACUGUUGUGGGAUGCUUUAUGCAUAUGAUGCUUGGUUCUUCAUCCCAGACCAAGUUUUUCAGACUUUAUAAAGCGUAUUUUGGCAAACGUGGAACGUUGCCUUGUGAAUUUAUUGUCCCACCUCAAUGAAGCUUGAAUAUUGUAUUAAAACUGAAGUUAAGGAAAAGAAAAUAUUAAUGAUUCUGCUGUAAAUAUGCUAACCUUACUUGAAUAAUGUUUGUAGAUUUUGACUGGCAGGUUUUUUUUUUUUUUUUUUUUUUUUUUUUUUUUUUUUUCAUUUUAGUGUUAUCCCUUUUGAGUCCAGUAAUGGAAACAUUGACUAAAAUAAGAUAUUAAGACCCUUUUGCUGUAAUGUUUUCUAACUUAAUGUUUACAACAUACAAAAAAGAAAAGAAAAAAGAUGUUUUUAUAAUUAACUUUUUGGAGAUAGGCACUCCAGAUAUUUCAGCGAUAGGCAUUUGGUUUUAAUAAAAUAUUUUCAUACCAAA